CACAAGAAAACUAGCUUGAAGACCAAGAUAAAUGGGUCAACAUUUAAAAGCAGCUUUGUAAAGCAGUUAUUUAAUCUUCAUGCUAAAAUGCGACUGUCUAAGGAAGCUUCCACCGAAGUUGAAAAAUUAUUGGAAAUGUUCUUGAACCAGAUGACUGGUGAUUUGGCUGCAUAUACUGCUCAUGCUAACAGAAAAACCAUAACACUUGCUGAUCUGGAGCUUCUUAUGAAAAGGCAGGGUUUGGUGACUGAUACUACUUCCUUCAAUGUUCUUAUUGAAAGACACUUACCCCUGGAAUGCAGAAAACUUCUUAUUUCAUGUGCCAUGCAUGGAAACAAAGUGUUCCCAAAAAUCUAACUUUUGGAAUGAUUUAUUGGGAU